UGCUGGUAUAUCAAGUAACCGUGGUCCGUGACAUCUUACCUGCUUCGCUAAAAGAGAUGUCUUGAUAGGUGCAGAACUCAACAAUUUUAUGGCCGCCUUACACAGUGCCGCACAGGACAUAGAUUCAUCGGAGAGCUCAGAGCACUAUGCUUUAUUCGUGCAAACUCAGCCUACUGGCUGCUCAUGUGGAGAGUCCCGUCAAACGCGAGAGCAUAUAUUGCACGACUGUCGGCUAUUUACACACCAACGCAAUCACUUGCAUGCAGUAACCCACGACAUCAUACUCAGCAUGACCCUGGGGGUGGCGAAGGAGAUAGCAGCGCAAGUAAAAUUCAUUCAAGAGUCUGACGCUUUCAAGGUCUUCGUGCUAGGACCAGAGAGGGCUGUCACGUUCGUCAACACGAACCCUUGGAGCUAGUAUGUGGAGAUGACUCCGAGAUGUUAAGCUUUUGGACCCAGUCGAUGGCUGGCUGGGAACGCGUGUCCAGCAGACAGUAGUUCCGCACCAAAUUGCUGAUGGACCUUGGCUGGCACAACCACACAAGGAG